UGAUAAGUUUAAUUUUAAUGGUAAAUUGAAGUUUACAAAAAAUGAGAAAAAAGUGUACGCGGUGGCGUUAAUGGUAGCGAUAAUAAUAUUGCCAUGUAAUAUAAAAAUUGAUUUUAGAACGGAUCUAGAUGUCAUUGAAUGGAUAAAUGGAUAUAGUCAAACUGGUAGUAUACUGUACGUAAGGAGUUAGAUGAUAAAUUAUAUAUUUAUAUUAAUUUUAUAAAUGCAAUUUUAGAGUUAAAGAAUAUAAGUAUGUUGGUUAAGAUGAUAAAACAGAAAUACAAAAAGCAAUGAAAGACGUUAAGAUUCCAGCGAUAAAAAAGGAAUUGGUCAGUUGUAAAUUUGCGAUCAAGGAAGUAGAAAUUAACGUUAGUCAUUUUGGUAGAUUAAGGUGGAAUUACGUGCCGAUCGAGGGAGCGUAUAGAUUUUUGUUUAAAGAAUUAAGUUAUAAUACGACCAAGAUAGAUUUAAUGCUCUUGGAAUACGUUAAGGAUUGUUUUAUUAGCUCAAAUGGAGGUAAUGCACUCAUAGAUUGGACGGAAUCUUUUAAAUUGAUUAAGAAUGAAAUCACGACGUCUAGAAAUGUUGCAAACAGGGAAGACGCGGCAACGAGGUGUUUUAGGGUCAAAAAUUUUCUUAAAAUUUUGCCAACAUAUGAGGUGUUGUGGAUGCGGAAAGUAUGGGGAAUACCAAGUAAGAAAUGUCCACGUUGUGCAAUAGAAGAGGAAACGUGGGAUCAUUUGUGGAUUUGUAACAAAAAUCGCGCAGGUGAUACAGAAAGUGAAAUAUUCAAGGCCAGUCUUGAUGAAGUGCUUAGCCAAAAUGUAGAUAUAAUGGACAAGGAUCAAAAGAACCAAUGGAAAGAAGAUUUAUGGGAAGUGGCUGCUACAAAAUCAAUGAUUAUGGGUCCAGAGAACCUUAUUAGAGAAAUUACACGAGGUCUAAUUAACGAGAAAUGGUGGCGUACAUGUAAAAUUAGAGGGCAAUGCAAAGUGCUUAAAGAUAUAUUUGAUGUUUAUUUGAAGAAGAUUCAAAUGCAGAUAUGGAAUAGAAGGUGUGUGGAAACGAUCGAAUCAGAACGGCAAUUAGGAAUUUUAAAGGAUCUCAAGAGAAAAAAGAAAAGGGUAGAUGAUGGCGAAGAAAUGAUGGAGAAGGCAGAAGGAGAAGAAAAAUCAGAAAAUAAAAAAACAAGAAAAAAGAUAAAAAAUAUUAUAAAAAUAAAUUUAGAAGAAAAUAAAAAGGAUGACGUAUUUAGAUUAGGAAUUCGCGAUAGAAAAUCAUGGGGUAGUAAAGUAAUUAGUAAUUUAGUAAAUACUUAGGAUACAUUAAAUUUAUUUCAUCGGUUACGUUAGUCAUUACUUCGUUUUAUUAUACGAAGAUUUUGGUAUGGAGAGAUUUAGUAGAAUUAAAACUUCAAUGUAUUUUUUUGUAUUUAUCAUGUAACUUGUUCUUCUACAUUUACAGAAAUAAAAAAAUAUGUUUAUCAAUAAAAAAAAAAAACUUGUGUGUCAAGUGAAGCUGGAAUAGCGUGAAAUCUUCAAGUUCUCUCCGUAAACCCAAAUCAUCAACAGAA